AUGAAAGCGUUUUACGUGUCGGCCUUCUGCUGGGCCUUGGCCCUUGCACAGUUGGAGGAGAUCUCCGAGGUGCCAAGUGAGACUUGCGAGACUGGCGAGUGCGAUGACGGCCAGCUGUCCAUGGUGCAGAUGCGCGCGAGACAGACCGAGUCCGAGUCCGAGUUCGAGUCCGGGACCUCCGAAGGAGUGCCUAUGAUUGCGUACCCGAAGAAGUACUGCUCCCAUUGCGGGGAGAUGGCCUUUUGCCACCAUGCCAGCAACCCGGGCUGCGGGGGCAUGGCCAAGUACGGGGUUGCGUCCUUCGACAACAAGGCGCGGUCCCACGGCUGCGGGCCGUUGGAUCCCAGCCUCACGGUGCCGCGGUCCUACGUGAAGGACCUCAACGUGUUGCGGAAGCUGCCGGGGGCGCACUACACCUUGAGGGACAUGCUGGUCAGCGGGCUGCGGCACUAUCGCCUGAAAGGCGGGCAGGGCCCUGUCUGGCAGUGCAUCCACGCGCCAAGCCACGUGUCCGUGCGAUGGCUCCACCUGCACACCUUCUGUGAGUACGGCAAGGUGGACAACUUGCCGUCCAGGAAGGACUACUGCGCCGUCAUGAGCACUGAAACCGAUGCGGAGCGCAUCGCCGCGGCAUGGGUGCCCGCAGUCAACGCCAGCCCACACCAGCUGCACCUGCGCGGCAACGUGGCCAGUGGCAGGCCGUCUCCGCCGGGCUCGCCGCACCGCACCAACGUGGGCUUCAGCCGGGAAGAUGUGGAGUCGCAGCCAGGGCAGCAGAGCCCUCCCAUCAGCCCGGCGCCGGCGCCGCCGCCGCCGAAGGAGCUGGAGCUGCCGUCGCCGCCGGAGCACCCCGUCAGCCCGGGGGCUGGGCCUAUGGGCGUGGGCAACUCCAUGCUGGCGACCAAGUCCAAGACGAUUCCCCGGUUCUGGUGGCCCAAGCGGGAUCACAUCUCAGGGCUCGGGCAGGAGUACAAAGACCAGAUCCACGAGAUCUUUGUGAAGCAGGGCAUCACCGAUGGUAUCAAGACGUGGGAGCAAUGCGAGCCCAUUGUCACUGACGUCUUCAAGCUGUCCAAGUACUUUGCAGCACCGAUUUUCCACAAGAUGAAGGUGUUUUAUGACAUCAUCGACCGCUCCUCCAUCUCGAAGCGCGAU